AUGGGAAAGAAACAUAAGAAACACAAAUCGGACAAACACGCACAUGAUGAAUACACAGAGCGCCCGCUGAAGCUGGUCCUGAAGGUGUCGGGCAACGAGGUAACCACGGGGAGCUCCAGUCGCGACACCUUCUACGACGAACAGUCACCAGACUGUGAUAAAGCAAAGGACAAGAAAAAGAAGAAGAAAAAGGAGAAAGAGAGGAACUGUGGCACACCUGAAAGUGACAAAGGAAAGAAGAAGGUGAUCAAAAGGAAGAAAGCCCAAGAAGUGGAUGGAGAAGAUGAACGAGAAAACUGCAGGACUCCCAUUCGAUCAGAGCUGGAUAAACUGGAAGAGAAAGCGCAAACGCCCCUACAAGAAGCACUGAACCAACUCAUCAGGCAGCUGCAAAGGAAAGACCCCAGUGCAUUUUUCACCUUCCCAGUGACGGACCUGAUCGCUCCGGGCUACUCAAUCAUAAUUAAGCAUCCAAUGGACUUCAGCACUAUGAAAGACAAAGUAAAGAAACAAUACUAUGCUUCUUUGGACGAGCUCAAGGCUGAUUUCAAGACAAUGUGUGAGAACGCCAUGGCAUACAACAAGCCCGAAACUAUUUACCACAAAGCCGCUCGCAAGUUGCUGCACUCUGGAAUGAAGAUUCUCAGCAAAGAGCGUCUGCAGAGCCUGAAACAGAGCAUUGAGUUCAUGUCUGGUCUGGCUCCAUCAGACAAAGUUGCCGGUAAGCGCCAGCACCAAGGGGCGGCCUGCCUGGUGACCAAAAGAGAAGUCAGCAGAGGGGGCAGCGAAGGCUCACAGACACCCGGCACGCCUAGAUCAGACAAGUGCAGCAAGGAAGAGGAGGCCGAAAAAGAGCUCGAGGAAAUCCGCAAGGUCAUCGAAGAGUCCGGGGGGAAACUGUCCAACAGAGUGCUGCAGUGCGACUUGGAGUUUAGCAGACAGAGGCAAUCUGAUGGCUCCACUACUUUGGCUUUUGUCAACCCAGCUGAUCCGUCAGCAGGAGAGACCGGAUACUGCGCCGUCAAGUUGGGCAUGAUGUCCACCCGCCUGCAAAGUGGCGUUAAUUGCCUCCAGGGCUUCCGCGAGGACAAGAGAAACCGCAUCACUCCAGUGUCCUACAUGAACUACGGGCCAUUCACGUCCUAUGCGCCAACUUAUGACUCCAGCUUCUCAAAUGUCAGUAAGGACGACUCAGACCUCAUCUACAGCCUCUAUGGGGACGAGUCCAGCCUACAGGGCUCAGACAGCUUGUCGGAGUUCCUGUCCAAGUCGGACGAGUACGUAUACAAAAUGGCCGACAACCUUCUGGACGCAAUGACCAAUGGCGAGCAUUCAAAGACCCUGAAGGAGAUUGAACCACAGGUGGAAGAGCCUUUGCAAGAGGACAAAGCUGAUGCAGAUGUAUCCCAACUUGAUGCUUUAGGUUGCAGUAAAACGGAAGAGCCUCUUGCUCCUGAGCUCUCUGGAGUGGAAACAGACGUGCAGCAGAAACUGGACGAGACCACGUUGCUCCUACGGGAGCUGCAGGAAGCACAGAGGGAGCGUCUGAGCACCAAGCAGCCACCCAACAUGAUUUGCCUGCUGGCACCUACCACUAAGGAGCUGGAGCUGGCUGAGAAAGUGACAGGCAACUUGGCAGAGUUGACAGGUCAAGUGGCCCCUUGUGACAUUAGCAGCAUUUGGGCUAUCAGGAAGGCCAUGGGUAUCGCUCUCCCUCCAGGACCCCUCGUAGACCUCACUUCUGUGCAUGAGAUGGGAGAACCCAUGGACACCACACCCAGUUAUCCGGAGCCACCACCCAUCACAGCAGUUUAA